AUGGCUCAGCGUAUCUUUCAGUCUUUCCGCCGCCUUCCUGGACACCUUACAUCUUUCAAUCGAAAAGCAGAAACUCCCGAUUCACACGGAAGUGCCUAUCGUGCCAAAGUUUGUUCCGAUUAUGGUUUUCCAGCCAAACCUGUAUCGAUCGCAUACGAUCCUGUACUGGAUUUCUUAGCUUUACUCACCCGGGAUGGAAAUAUUAUCAUAUAUGGGAAACCAGGAGUUGUUUUCACCGCGACGCACGAUGAUAAUGCCGAGUUUAUUCAAGUACUGUUUCUCAACGGGACUAGAAAGUUGAUCACUUUAACAGAAUCUGAUGACAUAUAUUUGUGGGAGCUGGCAACCACCGCACAGUCGUCCGUCCGCUUUGUUCAAAUCGGUUGCCUCAAACGAGUGACACAAAAACUGCGUUCGAAUUUCGUUAACGGCGUCACCGAUGUGGAAAACGCAGACCAAGCCGAUGGUACAAAUCAUGUUACCGCUAUUUGUGCCGCAAUGGACGGUACCGGAUUCUUGUUGGGAACCGAAAACGGCUGGAUGGCUUCUGUACGCCUCAACACUCCCUCCAAGAUAGUUCCCCAAAAUUUCGAAUACCUUUCACUUCCCACAGCUGACGAAGCUAUUACGCCAUCACGUAUCUUGAAUGGUCAUCGGCAGAAAUCGCCUCCUCAGUUAGCUCAUCAUCGUCUGCGCGAUCCAUCUGAAUGCACACGUUAUGAGGAGAAGCUGGGACAGGAGCUAGGAGAACCGCGACAUGGUGGAGAAAACCAAUAG